AUGCGUCGGUACCAGAGUAUUCUUCCUUGGUCUAUUCUGUUAGCUUCAAUUGGGGGAGCACAAGCGAAGCUCAACUUGAACUCCACAGCCAAUGUGGUCGUCUACUGGGGUCAAAAUUCUUUCGACGGAAAAGGAGAUCAGGAACAGCAGCCUCUAUCACACUACUGCGACAAUGAUGACAUCGAUGUUAUCCCAAUGGCCUUCAAUAUGAUGGUCAAUGGCCCAGGAGGCGCCCCACAGAUUGAUUUUGCCGUCAGCAGCAAAGACUGCGAUGUCUUCGAAGGCACGAAAUUGAAAAACUGUCCCAAGAUCGGAAAGGACAUCGCGGCAUGUCAAAAGAAACAUAAGACGAUUUUGCUUUCCAUCGGUGGCGCCACCUAUAACGAAGGUGGCUUUACAUCCGAACAAGAUGCAAGGGACGGCGCGAAUUUGAUGUGGGAGACCUUUGGACCGAAAAAAGCAGAUUCCAAGGCUCUUCGUCCCUUCGGUGAUACUGCUCUCGAUGGUUUUGACUUUGACUUCGAGACCAAUGUUCGACACAUGGCUCCCUUCGCCAAUGAGUUGCGCCGACUGAUGGACGCCGAUAAGAGCAAUCAGACAUUCUACUUGACUGCAGCCCCCCAAUGCCCUUACCCAGACCAAGCAGACAAGGAUAUCCUCCAUGGGCCUGUACACAUCGACGCUAUUUGGGUCCAGUUCUAUAACAACUUCUGUGGCGUCAACAACUUCAAUACGGAUCCCGCCAGCAGCCAAUACAACUUCGAUCUGUGGGAUAGCUGGGCGAAGACCGUCUCGAACAAUACAGAUGUCAAAGUCCUUGUCGGAGUUCCAGCAUACAAAACUGCGGCCGGUACGGGAUACAUCUCCGCCUCGGAGUUAGACAAAGUGAUUGAAUACUCGAGGAAGUUUAACAGCUUUGGUGGCGUUAUGAUGUGGGAUGCCACCCAGGCUUAUGGCAACGAAGGGUUCAUUAAGGACAUACGGAAAAGCCUGGGCCCUGCUGCUGAUGAUUCCGGUUCGUCGCCCGACCCGGCGUCAACCUCGGCGCCUGCUUCUACGUCCACUGACUCAACGAAGACGAACUCAAACACGACAACCAGCACGAACACAAGCCCGAACACAAACCCGAACGCAAGCCCGAACACAAGCACGAACACCCAGCACCAGACAGAAACAGCGACCCAGACCCAGACGAGUACGAAGACGAAAACACAGCAAUCUUCCAAUGCACCCGAUUCCUCACUCUCGUCGUCCUCCUCCUCAUCUGCUUCUGUUUUGCACAAGGAGCCUGAGCCUAUCGCAAAUACCGCCGCGAACAAACCUACUACUACAACCGCAGCCACCAAGCCCUCGACUACUGAGGCCAAACCGACUAGCUCCGCCACGACUGCAGGCAUCAAGGGUUACACUACCACUGUGGCUCCCACGGAGACAUCCACACAUACCGACGACUCGAGUGACGACGACUCGGAUAACGACGUUCUCACAUCCAUCCUCGGCAACGAUCUUCUCGGACUGGUGAGCGGCCUCCGCGACGCUAACAAAAUUGCUGGAGGCCUCACUCAUAAAUUGACGCACAACCUCCGACAUAUUCAACGCAGCCGUGUUUGA